CUUCUAAAAAAACACAAAAGGCUCUCUAAUUUUAUAUUGGAGAAAUGAAUUCCUCCCUUUCAUUCCUACUACUACUACUACUCACCUUAUUAUUAUUACAUCUCAUGCCACCAACUUUCUCAUUAACCGUCGUCUCAUCAUCAUCGGACUUACUCGACGCACCCCAAACAGGUUUCUCAAACCUAGUCAAAACCGAUCCUCAUGAACAACAAGCAGUUUACGACAUCAUGAAAGCCACCGGAAAUUCCUGGGCAACCGACAUCCCCGACGUCUGCCGUGGACGUUGGCACGGCAUCGAAUGCAUGCCCGACAAAGACAACAUCUACCAUAUCGUUUCACUCUCAUUCGGAUCAUUGUCGGAAGACACUGCUUUUCCCGUUUGUGAUCCCACCCAUUCUUUCAUCUCAAAUUCCAUAACCAAACUAUCUCAUUUAAGGACCCUCUUCUUUUACCGUUGUCUCAACGACAAUCCUCAGCCAAUCCCAACUUUUCUAAGUCGUUUGGGACCCACUUUACGAACUCUGGUUUUGAGAGAUAACGGUCAUGUGGGGAAUAUUCCUAAAGAACUUGGUAAUUUGACACGUUUGGAGGUCUUGGAUCUUCAUAAUAACAAUCUCAACGGUUCGAUUCCUGAUUCAUUGAACCGGCUCACACGUUUGAGGUCGUUGGAUUUCAGUGCUAACAAGUUAACAGGCUUAAUCCCUUCCGGUCUAACUACUUCCCCUGUUUUGAACAUUUUGGAUCUUAACCAAAACCAUCUAUCCGGUUCGAUCCCAACUGCACUCGGAAGCUGUAUAUCACUGGCGAAGAUUGAUCUCAGUCGGAAUCGUCUCUCCGGGGAGAUACCCAAUGAAAUAUCCAACCUGAAAAGCCUUAAUCUUUUGGAUUUAGGCUAUAACUGUUUGUCCGGCCCAAUUCCAUCUUCUCUAAAGAACAUGAACUCACUUCAAGCACUAAUCCUCAAAGGCAACGCAAUGGAUUCUUCGACUAUACCCAACGAAAGUUUUGACGGUUUGAACAAUCUAGUAAUCUUGAUUCUCUCCGACAUGAGAUUACACGGUCCGAUCCCUGAAUCUUUGGGACGGUUACCGAGCCUUCGAGUUCUUCAUCUUGAUGGAAACUUCUUAAACGGGUCCAUCCCAAAAAGUUUCGCGGAUAUGGAUAGCCUGAGUGAGCUGAGGCUGAAUGAAAACCGGUUAACAGGGGCAAUUCCUUUUAGGAGAGAGCUGGUUUGGAGGAUGAGGAGGAAACUUAAGUUAGAAAAUAACUCGGGAUUGUGUUAUGGUGCGAGUGAGGGCACGGGAGACUAUGUGGAUGCGUCGUGGGAUUUAGGGAUCGGUAUUUGUGAGACGAUGAGAGGUGGGCCUGCGAGAACGGUGGAACAUGUUUUCGGGGGAGACGAAGAUAGAAGAACGGUAUUGUUUAAGUCGGAUGCUGGUAGUAUUGAUGGUGGGUUUUUUCUACUUGUUUCUUCUUUUGUUCAUUUGGUAGGAAUUUUCAUGUUUGUUCAAUGUUUAUUGUAGGAGAAAAGUUCAAUUAAUGUGUA